AUGGGAUUCGGAAAUCUUGUUUCUUCUCUUUUACUUAUACCAAGGUGUGGGGGGAGGGGAUCAUCUCUGGAGAGCAAAGUGAAGCUUCACAAUGGUGGUGGAAGUGAUGUGGUUGGCAGUGGUCUGAAGGUAGUGGCUGUUAAUGGCGACUGGUGUGGUGGUUGUACACUUGUACUGUCAUCGGUGAAGGAGUGGUGGCAGAAUGGCUGGUUUGGUGGUAGGAUACAAAGGAUUCCCUAUUGCCAGAGCAGCUUGUUUAAAGGGAAAGGUCUGUGGGAGAGACAAACUGCUUAG